AUGUUGAACCCUACAUUUGUUCCAUGGGAUGUUGCACAUCCCUUCUACACCUAUGGAUCCAUCUGCAUCGUUGCAUUAAUUAUCUGGAGAUUCAAAAAGAGCUUCCAAGAAUUAAGGUCGGGACCUAACAGGACCUGUCACCGGUGUCAUCGAAGACUCAAACAAAAUUCUAGAGACAGAACAUCAAGAGCUGGGAGAACUUACCAGGAAGAAGCCAAGAAGCUGCAGAAUCUGAUCUCUGUCAUGAAAAGCAAGGGCUGGCUCCCUCAGGAGGGAAGUGUGCGGCGAGUCCUGUGUGCAGAUCCCUGCUGCCAAAUCUGCAAUACUGUGGCUCUGGAGAUUCAGCAAUUGCUGGUCGGUGGGAACAAGCUCUCCCCAACUUUACUGGAGCCAUUGCAGGGCUCCUCUGGCUCAGAAAGGACUAUGUCUAAUGUGUCUCUUGAGCAAAGUGAGGAGCUGGGUUCCAAAACCCCCAGGGAGCUUUCAAUGUCAACUAUAACCCCAGCCAAGGCCCAAUUAACGGAUCAGAAAUCUUUAACCAAAUCAGCUGCCCAGUCAACCAACUCAGUCAGUGUCAGAGAUUACUGGGCUGACCAUCCCCCACGAGGGCAAGGAUUUCAAGUUGCAGAUGGGUCCCAGGAUGUGGGAGCGCUGUCUUCUUCAAGCCUUGAGGAGCCUAGAGUUCCUUCGAACCAGAAGAAGAGAAAGAAGAACAACUCCAAACCUGUCAGCAAGGAGAAUCAAGAAGAUCCAGAAGUUGGCUUGGGAGAUAAGAUGAAGUUCUUUCUACACUGGAUUAACCCUGAAGUGAAAGAUCAAAGUCAUGAGGAAUCCAUUCUCAUCUCUAAGUCUGCGCCAUUGGUCAAAGCCAGUACAAGAGAAGUUGAGAAGUGUCCAAUCCCCACCAAAGACCCUGUUGGGGGAGCUAACUUGGAGAAGACAACAAAGAAGCUAAAGCCCAGCCACAACUUCUCAUGGAUACUUUCUCAAGAAGUUGAGAAGCCACAGGAGCUGGUCUCAGUCAUGAAAAGCCAGGACUGGCUACCUCAGGAAGAAAGUGUUCGUCAGCUCCUGUGUGCAGAUCCCUGCUGCCGCACCUGCAAUUCUGUGGCUCUGGAGAUUCAGGAAUUGCUGGUGGGUGAGCACAACCAGAUCUCCCCCAACUUAAUAGGGCCAUCACAGAGCUCUUCUUGCCUAGAAAUGUUGUCCAUAUCUAGUGUACCUUUUGAGACAAAUCUGAAACUUCAUUCUCGGCACAAUAAAAACAUUUCAUUGGCACCUGUAAACCCUAAAAUGGUGAAAUUAAUGGAUCAGAAAUCUUUAGCCAAGUCAGCUGCCCAGUCAACCAAUGCAGUCAGAGUCCAAGAUUACUGGGCAGAGCACUGUCAGCUACGACAGGACUUUGUGCCAAAUGUGCUACGGGGCCCAGAGACUAUGGCUUCUUCAAGAACCCAGAGACCAUUAACAUGA